AUGCUCUUCUUUUUCUCCUUCCUCCUCUUCUUUUCUUCUUUUUCCUCUUCCUCUUCUCUUCCUUCCUCCUCCUCUUCUUCUUCUGCUUCUUCUUCUUUCUCUUCUUAUUCCUCUGCUAAUCCUCCUCCUCCUUUUCUUCUUCCUCUUCUCCCUCUCCAUGCUCUUCUUCUUCUCCUUCCUCCUCUUCUUUUCUUCCUCUUCUUCUUCUUCUUCUUCCUCUUCUCCUUCCUUCUCUUCUUUUCUUUCUCUUCUUCUUCUUCCACUUCUUCUUCUUCUUUUUCUUCUUCCUCCUCCGCUUCUUCUUCUUCUUCUUCUUCUUCUUCCGCUUCUUCUUCUUUCUCUUCUUCUUUUUCUUCUCCUCUUUCUUCUUCCUCUUCUUCUUCGGCUCCUCUUCCUCCUCCUCCUCCUCCUCCUCCUUCUUCUUCUUCAAUUCUUUUUCGUCUUGCAAACUUCCGUUUCUUCUCUCUUUCUUGGCCAACCAUUUUUAAAGCAUUUCUUAGUACGCUCUAUCUAUCCCUCCUUUCUCUUUCAUUCAUUCUUUCUUUCUUUUUUUCUUCUUUCUGUCACUCGUUUAUCUUCUUUCUCUCCAUUUUCUUUUUGUCUUUCUCUUCUUCGUUUGAGCUUUCUUUUCUUUCCUUCACUUUCUUUUCCAGUCUCAUUCUAUAUCUACCUCUAUUCUAUUAUCUCUCUCUCUUUUUCCACUCUCUCUCCCUCUCUAUAUUCCCCUCUCUCUCCCUCUCUAUAUUCCCCCCUCUCUCUCUCUCCCUCUCUAUCUCCCCCCUCUCUCUCCCACUCUCUCUCUCUCUCAUUCGUCCUUUCUGCAACUAUCUCUCACUUUCUCUUUGCCUCUCCCGUCUCUCCCGUCUCUCUCUCUCUCUCCCUCUCUCUCUCUCUCUCUCUCUCUCUCUCUCUCUCUCUCUAUAUAGGUGGGGACUCUGA